GCUAACUUAUUGCCCAAAACAAAGAUGGCUGCCCAGGCGUGCCGGCAUGGCGGAGCGCAUGCGCAGUCCCGUCCGACAAAGUUCUAAACGCUUGAGAUGACAGCCUUUUUCUUCCAGCACCUUGUAUCCGUCCGCCGCUGUGUACGGAGCCUUGCGACGGUGUUUAUUUCCAGAUCAUUAUCCUUCAAGUAUCCCCAUAUGCAAGCUUUGUCUGUAACUAACGUUUAAAGUUACGGAUAUAAUACCGAGCUGUUUACUCUAGUGCUUAGAACACUGGGUAGUCACGUGAUUCCUCCAAGAGGUCAGCAUGCUCUGGUUGUAGCUGCAGGAAGGUAAUCUUAUGGCUGGUUUAUACAUUAACUUAUAUCUAUAGCAAAUCACUUGCAAAAGCAAAGGACAUUAUUUAACAUAAAAUUAGUAAUAUAUUCCUUUAUAAUAUUCCUGACAUUGAAUAGUAUAGGGUCCAACUUUCUGCAUACUAGUACUAUUCCCUUACCCAAUGAUAAGUAUGUAGCUAUGACUGGCUACAUGUUUAUAUUUAACAGUAAUUGUAAUAUUAUUUCUGUCAUGUAGCCAAUUUUAUCUAUCAAAUUACUAUACAUGAUUCUUUACUUUAUGAAAUGGGGGAGAUCACUGUCAUGUGCAGUUUGGGAGGAGAUGUGAUCAUUUAGUUAUUUAAAUUGUUUAAUCUGUAUAGCUGCUGAUACAUUUCUUAGCACAGUGUAUUAAUGGAGAUUAAAUAAGUACAUAGGCAAAGGAGACUUUGUCAUCAUGUUUUUUUUUUUUUUGGUUUUUUUUUUGGGGGGGGGGAUGAGAGUGCAUUGGUACCUCUAGUUAUAAGUCCUGUAUCUGUGAAGUUCUAUUUGUAGUAAUGAUAGAGUAACAGUUCAACAGUGACAUAUGACAUCAUUCUCAACUUCAUGAACACACCAGGCACUAUAACAAUUUUAUUAUUUAGAGGAAAAUACUGUUUUUGUUCUGAGAAACACUUCCUUGGCACUAAUGCCAAGUUCUCUUUCAGCCCAAUCUUCCUCGUUAACAUAACUCCCCCUGGAGGGGAAGGAUGUAGGGAGGACAUGGGCUACUUCUAAUCAGUAAAGUGGUCAUGGUGCUUGCGGUAAAUUAUCAUUUUGCCUGAAUACUGUCUCUGAUGUAUUUUGUUUCAAUCAUUUAACAUACUGACAAUACAGCUAGGUACAGCAGCAAUCCUCACAGAGACUAGCAAGUGCUCACUGAGUCCUUCUCAUAACAGCAUGCUGAGAGGCAGGAAGCGUAAUUCCCUGCCCUCUGAUUGUUAGGGCUUUUGCGCAGAAACCACAUAUAUUGCCCUUUUUUUCAGCAUGCUAAAUGAUUCAAAAAAGAAGAGACUGAAAGAAUGGUAUCCUAGACCCAUAACCAUUUCUAUAGGCUGAAGUGGUUGCAAUGUCUAGUGUCCCUUUAAGUUUUGGAAUUUUGCUCAGUACAUUAAUAAAUGCUACUUUGCAAAGUUACAAUUUCUAUUUAAAAUAUAUUCAUUUAAUUCUCUUUACAAUACUCUCAUGUUGGCAUUACUGAUAAAAAAUAUUUUCUAUUUUGUUGUUGCACAUAUUAAUAGAUGCAAAUUUAUAAAGUUGUUUAAAAGUUCUUUGGGUUUUCAAUACUAUUUAAUUAUCUUCCCCUGUGUGAACCACUUUAUUUCCCAAUUAUUCUAUAGACAGCAGUUGGAUUCUCUAAUUGCUGGAAUCAAUGGCCGUAGCCUAAUAUACACUGCUUAGAGGAUGUGCACUGAUCUGAUAUUAAUUUGUCUUGCUAGUUAUCUUUCUUGUAGCAAGUCUGUCUCUUUGAAGACACAGAGACCACCGUAUAUAAUUGUGUUCCAACAGCUGGUUCUAUUUUUUUGUUACUAGAACGACAAUGAACAGGAAAAUAGUGUUACAGCUGGAACGCUUGAUUUGUCUCCAUAAUACCUGCCGCCAGUUGCACGCGCUAUGCCUUACCAAAGCAGCCAAGACCCCGCAGAAACGGAUGCAGAGCAUAUCAAAAACCAUCACUACUGCACAACUCUGCCGUAAUCCCUGCCGCAGCUUGUCUACCAAAGAGGUAAAAUAAUUUUAAUUUAAAAAAAAAAAAAAUAGAAUGUAUAUUUUAUGUUCACUAGGAGAAUGAAAUAAGAACAGUCUUAAAGUAAUCUGUGGUUUAGUACUGAUUAUCAAAUACAAACAGAAGUAAUUCAGAUACAAAAACAACGCUGCUGGUAGAAAAUGAGAGGAUAUUGACAAAAAUAUGUAUCCCAACAAUACAAUAAUGUGUACCUGACAUACUAUAUGCAAAUUAUUUUUUAUUUAUCUAUUCAUUAUGCUAUCAGAAUGGAAAGAAAUGUUAAAAAAUAAAUAAAUAGGUCCCUCUCAUCUGUCCGUUCUUUAGCAUAGACCUCUACGUUGACAACUGACUGACAGGAAGAGUAGGAGAAACCUCCUACAGGCGGUUCUCCGUCUCAGCCACUAGAUUGCAUGUGCUGUGGUUACUCUUCUAUUCAGGACUUCUUGUUACUCCUUUAAGACGCCAUUGCGCUGGCAGCGAAGUCAGGAAAGAUAGCAAUGUUUUGGGAUAUAACCACAUCAAACCACACCUCCAUAGUUUCAGUAUGUAACUCCCACAAUGUAUUAGAUCUAUUUUAACACCAGCGUUAAGGUAAACUUUCAUUUCAGGCUAUAAUUUAGCAAGAGGCCAGAGUAUCACAACAGACGAAAAUACCUAGAGCAACAUUAAGUGCCAAGAUUGGCCUGGUACUCGAGGACAUAACUUUAGUGUUAAAUCGUUUUGAAAACGGUUUGUUAAUAUUAUUGUUAUUUAUAAAGCGCCAACAAAUUCUGCAGUGCUGUACAAUAGGUGGCCUAACAAACAAGUAUUUGUAACAAUACAAGUUGGACACAGAGGAACAGAAGGUGCUGAGGGCCGUGCCCAGCUGAACUUACAUACUAAUGGGAGCAGGAGUAAAAUGACACAAGAGGUGGGAGUAACAUGUAUUUCAUGUACGGGAUACGGAGGUUCUCUGUUUUGCAUUCACUGCUCAGUGCCCCGCAACAGCUGCUCAGACUGGAGGUGGGUAUAGAGGCAUCAGAGCUCAUUCCAGACAAUCGGUGACGUCUGUCAGCAAUGUUAACAUUCUGAAAUAUUUAACCACUUUGUAUUUCGUUUUACAGGACAAAUAUUCAAAGAAGCAUAAACUUUUCCCAAUCAAGUCAAAACAAGAAAAGCAAGUGGUGGAAAUAUGGCAAAACAUGACAAUCAGUGAGCUAGCAAAGGCCAUGGAUAAAGAUGUUGGUGAGUCUAAUAGACACAAUCCAUGGGUUAUUCUGCCUGUAAGUAAGUCAUUGUUCAGGGAUUAAUAUAUAUUUUUAAUUAUUUAAAUAUUUUUAUUUUUUUUGUUAUUCAAAAAGGGGUUAAAACAUUGCUUUUUAAAUGGCACUAUAAACACCAUGACCACUACAUCUAAUUUUAUUGACUAACUGAUGAGAUGGUACCAAAGACUCCUUGCACCAUAAACACUACAACAAGCUGUACUGGUUAUGGACGCCUUUAUGUGAACUCUGUCCAAAGUAUUUAAUGAAAUGACGAUAUAUCCUUACUCUGUUUGUAUCUUUUAAAGAAGAUAAACAUUCUUUAUAGAAAUAUGGUAGAUGCAUGAAAUAAAACCCAAAGCCUUCUCAUUAGUUAAAAUAUGUAAUAUAUUAGUUCAAUAUUCGUUAAAAUAUAUAAUGGGCACGCGUUUUCAUCUUUUUUUAAAUAUAUUUUUUAAAAAAACAAAAUUAACAAAUGCCAGUACAUUUAUCCUUUUUGAAAUGGGAUAGAAGUUAUUAGAAGUGUUAACUCCUCAUCAUAGAAAUGACUUGAGAUCAUGCUGGGAUGAAGAAAGCCAAAAACUAGACCAGUAUUUGCCCGAACAGCCAUUUAGUAGCCGUGUAAACUGUUCUAUUCUUUCUUUGUAUCUGUCCUCAGAUCACGUGUACGAGGCUCUUCUACAUACAAACCUUGAUUUGGACUCUUUGGAAGAAAACUCUGUCCUGAGUGAAGAAUGGGUGAGAGAGGCGAUCAAAAAAUCUGGUAUGAAGUUGAAAUGGGCGAAAACGAAACAAGAAAAGGUCAGAGAGAACAAAGACGCUGUAAAAAGGUAUUCCUACGAUAAUUACCUGCUGCUAGUUCUAACAGAGUAUGGUCCUUCAAGAUGUUUACAGCACUGUUUGGAGAACAGAAAUCAAAAUCAGAAAAUGUGUCAUUUAGUGCCCCCUUUCCUUCUGAGGCUGUCACUGAGGUGGAAGAUUUUCCUAAAGGAGUUAUUGUUGCCUAAAUUUUGCAAUUCGAUUUGCAUUUCACUACAAUUCAGUGUUUAUUGAAUAAACCCGUAAGAAUUUUGAAAUGUUUUUUUCAUUGCAGGCCUCCCUCAGAUCCUUCCAUGUUAGUUCCCAGGCCUCCUGUGGUUACCAUAAUGGGACAUGUUGAUCACGGAAAAACAACCCUUCUUGACCAGCUAAGGAAAACCCAGGUGGCUGCAAUGGAGGCGGGAGGCAUCACACAACAUAUUGGGGCAUUUAACGGUGGGACUCAAUCCUUUUCAAUAUACAUUUUAAAUUACAUUUUACUAAGAGAGUGUUUUACUGGCUAACACAACUGAUUGUGGGUUGCGCUUAUUAAAUGCUGAGACAUAAUUUUGCUAAAUUAAAAAAAAAAAUACAUCUGUAGGCUGUUUUUUUUUUGUUUUUUUUUUUUUUUUUAAAGUCUGACCUUUACUUAUUGCAUAUAAGUGGUUUUAAAAUAUAUAUAUAUAUAUAUAUAUAUAUAUAUAUAAUAUAAAAUUUUUUUUGUUUUUUUCUGAUGUGACAUACUAACCAGUUUAGUAUUUUCUAAAUUAUGUCCUUCUUAUAAAAGGACAAUCCCAGUAAAUUGUCUACAGAAUGCCCCUUCUACCUGCUGUGUAUGGAGAGAGGGAUCAAUAAACCAAUACAUGUAUACAGAGCUGGAUUACCCACUAGGCGGCCACCUAGAGGUCUACCUGCUCGAGGAAGUGAUAUGGUCUGCACCAUUAUCAGGUGCAGACCACUUUAAAAGCUUCCUCACAUUCCCCCAGCACUUCUUGAUAACUCAGUGAGUUACAGACAGAGAUUUGAAUCAUUGACUAAGUGCCAGACUACACGAAAACUCUUAAAUUGGUCUGCAGCUGAUAUUGGGGCAGUCCACAAUGGUCUGCAACUAGACCAACUGGGAAAAGUAUGCAGGAGGAGGAUCAUACACACAUUCAGCCAUACACAAGCACACUCCGCGACUACGCACACUCACACACACAUACACCCUCAGCCACACACACACAUAAAACUCACAGAAUCAGAGUCCAGGGCUCCAGGAAUGGGCCCCAAUCCUGUUUAGGACAUUGGGAAAAUGUAUUCUGGCUCUGCAUCUUUACUCCACUGAACGUUCACCUUUUAUUCCAACUUGCUUAUAAAUAAAGCUUUUUUUACUUUGCAAGUUAUUGUAUAGCAAUGUAAUGUUUCUAAUUUAAACUAUAUUCUGUCAUUGGUUGGAUGUUUGGUUGAAUAAUUUCUCUCCAUGAUUAAGGGAUAUAAUCUAACUAGUAGUUUCUAGAGAGGGGGAAUCUUUUAUUUUUUUUUUCUUUAUUUUUUUUUUCAAGCAUUAAUCGAAGCCCAACAGUUGUACACUACAUUAGAAAAAACAUAUAAAAGAGAAAAUCUAAUGAUACAUCCUAACAUUUAAUGGCAAUACCAACUGUAAAAUAAUAUAAUAUGUGGAUACACUAUUUUACACCAUCCAGGUUUCUAAAGUAAGCAUAUACCAAAGCUUGUAGUUAUUAUAAAACAAAAAAAACAAAGUCCACCUAUAUUUUUUGUUUUAUUUGCUAGGCUGCUAUGGAAAAAUAUCAGCACAUAUUUGUUACUAUACAAGAUACAUGGGGCCAUAGUGACCAUAAGAGGCCGUGCUGUCACCAGUGUGUUGGUGGUGUAAGUAUUCUCAAUGCUUAAAGGGACACUAUAGCCACCAAAACUACUUUAACUUAAUAAAGCAGUUUUGGUGUAUAGAUCAUGCCCCUGCAGUGUCCCUCCUCAAUUCUCUGCCAUUUAGGAGUUAAAUCACUUUGUUUAUGCAGCCCUAGCCACGACUUCCUGCAUGUGACUUGCACAGCCUUCUUUAAUACUUCCUGUAAAGAGUCAUCUAAUGUGUAGACUUAAUUUAUUACAAUUCUGUUUAAUUUACAAUUUCUUAUCCCCAACUCUGUUAAUAGCUUGCUAGACCCUGCAAGAGCCUCCUGAAUGUAAUUAAAGUUCAAUUUACAGAGCAGCAAUACAAACUUUGAAAGUAAGUUGCAUGUGAUUGAAAAUUAAACCAUUUUUUUUUUCAUGGAGGCUGUCACAGACGGGGGAGGUGUGGCUAGGGCUGCAUAGAAAGAAACAAAGUGAUUUAAUGCCUAAAUGGCAAAUAAUUGAGCAGUUAAACUUCAGAGGCAUGAUCUAUACACCAAAACUGCUUCACUAAGUUAAAGUUGUUUUGGUGACUAUAGUGACCCUUUAAGAUGCUUUCUACAAGGACUGCAUCCUCUUCUAGACUGUGUCUAGGUUCCAUUAGAUUCUCAGACAUUGGUUCUCAUCAUUGAGAUACAUUCUCCAGCAGUCUAUUUAUGAAUCCCUUCAUUGCUUCUGAUGCCAAAUAAACUCCUCAGGAGAAUUUGACAAACAUACAUUUGUUUAUGACAAAUUAGGUAUUACCGCAGAAAUAACCGUAUUUUCACCAAUGUUCUUUUAUGUUUCACAGUUUGUUUACCGUCGGGAGAGAAGAUCACAUUUCUCGACACACCGGGACAUGCAGCGUUUUCUGCAAUCAGAGCAAGAGGGGCGCAAGUUACAGAUAUUAUUAUAUUGGUGGUGGCAGCAGAAGAUGGCGUUAUGAAACAGACCGUAGAAUCCAUUCAGCAUGCUAAAAACGCUAAAGGUAGAAUCCUUAGUGCUGCAAUGAGCAAAGUUAAAGAAUAGCUUUAGCCACCAUGACCACUUCAAUGAUAGUUGAAGUUGUCAUGGUUCAACCACCAUCCUUGGUGUCCAGUGGGAUGAGGUAAGAAGGCAACCUUUUGUAAAAUGGUGUGCCCCAUUACCAAGAAUGGUGCCAGGGUACUCCAUACAUGAUAGCCACUGUUAUGUUACCUGGAGUGUCCUGGCAUCAUCUGCAAUUUAAAGUUUUUUUUUUGUUUUUAUUCAACGUUGUUGCAAUAGUGUUUCUUUGUACUUUAGUUUGCUGCAAUUGAUUAACAAGAAACCAUUUUUAAACAGUAACUUUGCAAAACCGUUUAUGGUGUUAAUUCUGCUCGGGACCCAAUACUGAAGGUUAGGUAAUAUUGUUUGAAAGGGGUUUCAUUUGGUUUUUCAGAUUUCUGGUGUUGAAUUCAGUGUGUCCAUUGGUUCCAACACUUCUUUGGAAGAAUUGUGAUCUGAAAGCUGCCUUGUCACUCUCCUGCAAAAUGAGUAUUUUAUAAAGAUAUAAUCUUUAUGACGUACUCGUUGACUGCGUUAAUUUCACCAGAAUUCCAUCCUUGUCAAAAAACACACUGAGGCAAAGUAAGGACUAGGGAUUUCUUCUAUGCUUGACACUUCUUGACACAGAGUGAAGCUACCACCGUCAAGAAGUAUUAACCCCCCCAAUGUGAGCUGCAAGGAAAUGUACUCUAUCUAAGGAGGAUCUUGCGGGAUUCUCCAUUGACCUUGAUGCACUCUUGUGCAUGCGUGAGAGUACAACAGUUUUGUCGGAGGACCGGUCGGAAGAGGAUGGCCGCUCCCGUGAGGGAAAAAUUAUGCAAAGUCAGAAGUUGACCUUUCCACUUUAAGCUUGACUGGUAAAAAUGUUGUUGAAAAGGAAGAGAAUGGCGAGAUUGCAUCAACAUUGAUUAUUUCUUGAGCCAUUAUACUUCUUGGUACAUCUGCUUCAUUGCUGUUACACCGGCAUCUAAGCAGAGUGAUGUGUCAUUGUUCUUAUACACUUUGAAAUCCCAGAAGGUAUUACACUAAUAAUAUUGGUUUAUAUUGACCUUGUCAUGUGCUUUACAAUAAUCUAUAGUUUACUUGUUUUUUGUUGAAUGGGUUGAUAGCCGUGAAAAUUCCUUUUUAGAUUUUUUCUUCUUUUUAUUCAUUGCAGUUCCCAUCAUUCUUGCCGUAAACAAGUGUGACAAACCUGAAGCCGACCCUGACCGAGUAAAGCAAGAGCUCCUGGCCCAUGAUAUCGUUUGUGAGGAAUUUGGGGGUGAUAUCCAGGCUAUACAUAUAUCUGCACUAAAGGUAUACAGAGAAUAAAUAAUCGGUUAUAUAUACUCUGUUCUAAGUACUGUUAUGGAAAAUGUCUUCUUUUCCAGGGCGACAACUUACAAGCCUUAGCUGAAGCCACUGUGACAUUGGCCGAAGUUCUGGAAUUAAAAGCUGACCCUACGGGCCCUGUGGAAGGAGCUGUUAUUGAGUGUCGCACAGACAAAGGGAAAGGGUGAAUAGUCCAUAUGUUUGCUUUCUGCUACUACAGGCAUUCCAGAAGUGAUACAUUGAAAAAGGAGAUUUCACAUUCUAUUUUAUGUUGUUUUUUUUUUUCCCCCACACACUGUUAGGCCAGUCACCACUGCCAUUGUGCAGAGAGGAACUCUCAAGAAGGGUGCUGUGUUGGUGGCUGGAAAAUCCUGGGCAAAAGUGCGUCUGAUGUUUGAUGAAAAUGGAAUCAGUUUGAAUCAGGCUUGUCCCAGCAUGCCCGUGGAGAUUGUCGGCUGGAAAGAUCUGCCGUCAGCUGGGGAUGAAAUUUUGGAAGUAGAAUCAGAGGUAAGAAAGUCAAAGGAACAAGUGGCUGGUUCCUCUGGAACUUAAACGUUUUGGGUACUUUUACAAAACCAUGAAUGUCCAGAGAUGUGUUUUUAUCUUUAAAUGGGUAAAACAAGGGAUUCUAGGAUUACUGAAUUUCAUGAGUUAAACGGAUAUCUAAAUAAAGCCAGGUUACUCAUGGCUACUAGGCUACCAUCUAUUGUUUGAUUGCAAUUCUUCUCCGGUUGGAUAACGCUUGAGUUGAAAUUCAAGACAUGUUGACUUCAUGUAGCACAUCCCUAUUAUUUUCUUUCUUUACAUAUUUACUUAUUUAUUUUAAUUCAGCAACGUGCUCGAGAAGUUGUUGAAUGGAGAAAGUAUGUGGAAGAGCAGGAGAAAAUUAACGAAGAUAUGGAUGUUAUUGAAGCCAAACAACAAGAGCACCGAGAAGCUUACAGGAAGAACUUGGAGUCGUUCAGCAAUAUGACUUGGAGACAAAGGAAGUCCGCAAUGUAUAAAGCUAAUAAACAUCUAAUGAACAGCAGGGUGGCAGAGAAGACAGAGAGUGAGGAUCUGACCUUCCCCAUCAUUAUAAAAGGUGAAAAUUUUACUUUCCCAAAGCCAAAUUAUUUUAGGAUCAACAUUUAUUGAUAUAAUACUAACAAUUUCUACAGCACUAGUUACGUUCAGUAAAGUUGAAACACUUGAAGGAGCACUCCUGUCACCAUAACAACUUCAUUUAUUUAGAUGAAGUUGUUAUGGUGAGCCGAGUUUCCCUUUAAUUUAAGAUUGAGAAACUAAAUCUAUAGUUGGUUUAAAGUAGUGGACACAAGGCACAGAGUAGAAAUCAGGAGGACUGUGUUGAAUGGAUUGCACAUAUCAAUAAUGUUUGGGUUCAUGUGUACACACUAAUGUAACCUGCCAGGAGAUUAUGACUCAUAUUUGGGUUUUCUUCAUACCGUUGGGUAACAUUAAGGGCAUGGAAAGAGGAAGCACAAGCUACAAAACAGAUGCGAUUUUUACCCCUGUGUCCCUCUGCUGUGUUAGUAGGUCCCUAAUCGUUGGAUAUAUAUUUAUUGGAGAGAGAAUUUUUGUGAUCAUCAACACCUUAUUAAUACAUGAUUAACAAAUCCUUAUUGAACAUGGGGGUAAUUAUGUUAAUAUUGUUACUAGUGCCAGGGCUUGACUGUUGAUACAAAGCAGCCCUGGAAAAAAAACUAUGCCAGCCCCAUAAGUCAUUGCGCCAUAUAUUGUCGCAUGUAAUAUGUAAGGCUAUGUCUUGCCCACCCCAGAUGAUUGAGUAAUGUGUGUGUGUAUAUAUGUAUAUAUAUAUAUAUAUAAUAUAUAUUGCUUUUUCUAAUAUAAUAUAUUGGUCCUUUCAAAGUAAAACAUUUAAUUAUACAGUAAGCAUAUUCACAUGCAGACACAGACAAUCUCACUGACACACACAAGCUCACUGAUACACAGCCUCAUAGACAAACAAUUUUACUAAUAUACAUAAGCUCAUUGACAUAAAAACAUAAGCUCACCCACUAGCAGGCACACACACACACACACACACAUGCAAGCAAGCAAGCAAGCUCACUAGCAGGCGCGCACACACACAGCUUAAUGUAGUGGUUCUAGUGUCUAUAGCCUGUCCCUGCAGGUUUUUGAAUGUAAACACUGACUUUUCAGAGAAAAGGCAGUGUUUACAUUGCUUCCUAGUGACACCUCUAGUGACAGACACUCAGACGGUCACUAGAGGCGCUUCUUGUGUCAGUGCGGAUUGGCUGAGAUCAUCAAGCUUGAUGAUCUCAGUCAUAGAGGAAGAGACCAGCACGACGUUGGAAAAAAAAAAAAGGUGAGUAAAACACUAUUUUUAAAAACACACACAGACACCACGACUGACACACACACACACCAUGACAGACAUACACACACCAUGACACAAACAGACACACACACACACCAUGACAGACAGACACACACCGUGAUACAGACACACACACCAUGACACACACACCAUGACACACACAGACACACACACGCAGCAUGACACAGGCAGACACACACAUACAGCAUGACACACACACACACAGCAUGACACAGACAGACACACACACAGCAUGACACACACACACACACACACAGCAUGACACAGACAGACACACACACACAGCAUGACACAGACACACACACACAGCAUGACACAGACAGACACACACACACAGCAUGACACAGACACACACACUCCCACUGACAUACAUACCUGUGUGCUGGCGGCCGCAGGGAGAGCUUGGAUGUCGGCCGCAGGGGAAGCUCUUCUGGCGGCCGCUGGGGGAGCAGGCUGUUCUGUCUCUGCUCCCCCUCCCUCGCGCGCUAGAAAGAGACCGGGGCCGGGAUAUGACGUCAUAUUCCGGCCCCGCGCGAGGGAGGGGGAGCAGAGACAGAACAGCCUGCUACCCCUGCGGCCGACAUCCAAGCUCUCCCUGCGGCCGCAGGUCACCCCGGCCCCAGGUGCCGACGGCCCACCGGGAAAUUUCCUGGUAUCCCGGUGGGCCAGUCCGGCCCUGACUAGUGCUACUUACUCACAGAUGAAUUCAGAGGGAUUUAUAAAAAGGAUGUCUUAGCAUCUCAUUUUAUUUCCAGUUAUUAAUGACAUUGCAUUGGAGGAGGUAUAUUGUAGUGGAGCAAAUGACUGAAACACUUGAUCCAUCAGACUAAAUAGCUUGUGUGAUCCAGCAAGGAAUUGAGAAGUCCAUCAGGACUGUAAGAUCAGAUUUUUCUUUGAAGUCCUCAGGUACUUGGUUGCUUUUUUCAACUCUCGCUUUAAGAAAAUCUUAUUCCUUAUAGCUUAAAGGGACACUAUAGUCACCAGAGCAACUACAGCUUAAUGUAGCUGUUCUGGUGGUGAGUACAGUCAGUCCCUGUAGGAUUUUUGCAGUUAAUACUGACUUUUAUAGAAAAAAGGGAGUGUUUACAUUACAGCCUAAGGAUACCUCCACUGGCCACUCCUCAGAUGACUACGAGAGGUGCUUCCUGGGGCAGUGCUGCAUAGUGUGACUGACAUUCAAUGUCUCCACCUCUGCCAUGGAGACACUAAACGUUCCUCAUAGAGAUGUAUUUAUUCAAUGCAUCUCUAUGAGUAGAUGCUGAUUGGCCAGGGUUGCGUUUGUCUCUGCCCCCCGGCCUGCCUCCUUAGUUGGAAUCAUGAGAAUUGACAAUCUCAGACAAUCCAAUGCUAUCCAAUGGGAAGUCAUUGUGAUUGGCUGGGAUCGUCACUUCUGAUGGUGUCUACCAAGGAGGCAGAUCAGGUGCAGACUGGAAUAAAGGUAAGAUUUUACUAUAUUGAAGGGGGAGGGGGGAGGCGCUAGAAAGUGUUUUUAACAUUAUAGGGUCUGAAAUACAUGUUUGUGUUCUGAACCCUAUAGUUUUCCUUUAAUGAAUUAGGGCGCUGGUCUUGCUAGGAUGAUUUUCUUUUAUAUUAAGUCACCAUAAAAGUAAGAGAUUCAAAAUGAUCCUUCUCAUAAAAACAACACUAGAUAAAUCAAACAGUGUAAACCGUGUCUUCAACUGUGGCUUGCCAACCUCUUCUGUUAAGCUAUGGUCACCGUUAAAAAAAAAAAUCAAUAAAUUUCAAUUGGCAAGUAAAAGCAAUCUAGCAUUAAAAAAAUAGGCAAUUUACUAAAUAUGUGUUAUGUAAGCCAUUGUUAUCUGCAGAGCUACAUGUCAAUAUCUUAGCACCACGAGUCUCCCUGUUACUUUGUCCAGGUGAUGUUGACGGAUCGGUGGAGGCAGUCCUUGGUAUCAUAGACUCCUACGAUGCAGAAGAUCAGUGUGAGCUUGACUUGGUUCACUUUGGAGUUGGUGAUGUUAAUGAGAAUGACCUUAAUCUUGCAGAAACAUUCAAAGGUAACAUUCCUUUUCAAAAACAUCUGUAUUUAAUUGCUUGGCUUGGGUUCUGACCCCCAAAAAUGAGAGAGAGUGAAAAAACCAGAUGUAUUCUUUUAGAAUACACAAUAUGGUUUACCAAAUAGCUAAAGGACCACUAUAGGCACCCAAACCACUUCAGCUUAAUGAAGUGGUCUGGGUGCCAGGUCCAGCUAGGUUUAACCCUUUUUUUCUAUAAACAUAGCAGUUUCAGAGAAACUACUAUGUUUAUGUUAGGGUUAAUCCAGCCUCUAGUGGCUGUCUCUUGACAGCCGCUAGAGGCGCUUGCGUGCUUCUCACUGUGAUUUUCACAGUGGGAAGACGCGAGCAUCCAUAGGAAAGCAUUGUAAAUGCUUUCCUAUGAGACUGGCUGAAUGCGCGCGCGGCUCUUGCCGCGCAUGUGCAUUCAGCCGAAGAGGAGGCGGAGAGAAGGAGGAGAGCUCUCCCGCCUGGCGCUGGAGAAAGAGGUAAGUUUAAUAGCCGAGCUGUCACUCUACAUGAUAUUUAAAAUCACCCAUCUCAUGUACAAAAUAUGGGGAUUUAAUCAUGCCAAUUAUUAACAGUAUUCCUACAUUACUUAAAGGGGCACUACCAUCUCAGACAGAGUUCCUGGGCACUAUUUUUACAGGUGUUUAAAGUGUUUUCCUACAACAUAUCUGCAAAGUUGAUCCCACUGUGCCCAACAUGCCUGCCUCCUCACUUCUGGGCCGUAUCAUGAAGAUUUGCCCGGUAGCUGGUGAUAGGUUGAAAAUAUCAGGUGAUGCUCUCUGCCUAUCUCCAGCUGCCCAUUGAAACUAGUUGUUCUAUCUUGCACUCACACAUUUUAUUUUUUUAUUUUCUAACUCAGCUCAUAUAUACGGCUUUAACGUGAGCACAAACAAAGCUGUCCAGCAACUUGCAGCCAAAAAAGACAUCCCAGUAAAACUGCAUAAAGUCAUUUACCAUCUAUUUGAAGAUAUGAAAAAAGAGCUCAACAGUAAAUUGCCCCCAAUAAUAGAAGAAACGGUAAAAGGUAAGUGCGUGUCAUUGAUUUGUUUUAAUAAAUCCAUUUAUUUCGCACACAUUUUACCGAAUGCCUGCGGAAUUAAAACAUGUCAGACUUUGUUAUUACAGCCAUAUCUGCACACUUAUAGGGCUGCUAUUCAGUAAUCGAUGAAAUCUGCUGGAUCUCUGUAAUAAUUUUGCUUUUCACUACUGGCAGAAUGACAGGUGAAUCCCUAUCUUUUCUUUGAACUGGUCAAAAAAUCCUGUACCUGAUUUGGGCUAUAACAAUACCUUACCCCCUUAUUUAUUGAUUGAACAGUUGGUAAUAGUGAUUUUACCCAGAGUGCUUUACAAAUGAAGUAAAAAAGACAAAUUAGAAUCUUUACACACACAAACAUAUAUAAUUAGACAUUGUGACACAAACGAAGCAGAGAACGCUGUUUGUGGUCUUAAAACCAAGAUUUGCAGCAUCUCUAACAAAUAUACUAUGGAAGAAAACAUUUUUUUUUUUUUUAAAAAGAUAUAAUUAAACUACUCUCGCAUUAAGAGAGUAUUUUUUUACUGUAGAGAAAUUUGACUGCUGUUCAGUCACCACUCGGUUACAAUUCAUCUGCCUCUCUUUUCAAACAAAUUGAAAUCUAUUUGAAAAUAGUUGGGGCUCAUUCAGUUCAGUUGAUUCUGAAUAAAGUGUACCUCAGAUAUUUUUGUCAAAUGUAUUGGAAUGAAAUUGUAUUGAGAAGCAUUGAGCUGAUUUCUCCAGUCCUUGUCUGUUCUGUGAUUCCUCACCUUCAUGCUUUGGCCCUUUUAGAUGAAAAUCGUUGUUUCACCUUCGUAAACACAACUUAUUUCUUUUCCUAAAGGAGAGGCAGCUGUACUGGCAACCUUCGAUGUAACAGUAGGAAAAAAGAAAGUCCAAGUAGCCGGCUGCCGAGUCCAGAAAGGAGUUCUAGAUAAGAAACUCAAAUUUAAAUUACAACGUAAUGGAAAUGUUCUAUGGGAAGGUAAGUAAUGUUGCCUUUUAAUAGCAAGAACCAAAGUUCUGUCCUUAACGUGUAGGCUUUAGAAUUAUGUCGAAGGGAUACAUUAUACCCCUACAGCCCGUACAUUGAAAAUACUUGAAAAAUAAAUAAAAUGGCAAUAUGCUCUGAUUUCCACACAUUUACACGUUCCCAGGGUCUGCUGCAUCUGCAGAGACCAGGAAGUGGCUGAGAGUCACUUAUGUUUCAGGCACGUUUUCCUCUGAAUGGAAACCAGUCCACAUGGUUUUACCUGCACACUCGCAGAGCAGAUGUAUGGGUAUCCAUAGAAAGCAGUAAUAUAACUAUGUUCUCCAUAAACCCUGCAGCGGGAUAUGGGUAACUUUCAUAUAUAUUUGAUUCACAAAACAAGGUAAAGCUACAGAGCAACUGAUUUUAUACAUUUGGACAUUUUUUGUGUGUUUAUUGAUGGAUUCUUCUGGGUCCUGGUGGAUUAUCAUUAUAUCACUCUAUAUAUCAUUUCUAUAAAUCCCAGAUAUUGUGCAUUCAUUUUUAAAAAGAGCUGUAUGUUAAUAAACACAGACUUUAAUCAAUGAACAUGUGUAUACCUUUUUUCGGUACAUCCUGUAUAUAUUUUGUUAUUACUUUAUUUCUUUUACAUACUGGGCAAUCCUUUGAUUUAAACAUUCUUAAUUCUCUGGAGUGCAGUGAUUUCUGUUCAGAUAUUAUCGAUUCCCAUUUAUUUACUAUGGAUUUUUAAAGUGAUCCGAUAUGUCUAUUCUUUCCCAUUCAGGAAAUUUAACAUCUCUUAAACACCACAAAGACGAUGUCCAGUCAGUGAAAACUGGUGUAGAAUGUGGUCUAAGCCUGGAUAAAGACAUGGAGGUGAAGGUUGGAGAUGAAAUAUUGUGUGUUGAAGACAAAGAGGUCCAGCAGGAGAUAUCAUGGGACCCUGGAUUUUAAUUGGGCCUUUAUUGGUAACCAGCGUUGUUACAAUUGAAUACUGUCAUUGUUCUGGUAAAUAUUUCCUGGCCGUGCUGAGCCAGACUAGAUACCAGAGUAGGAAACACCCACGGUCAAUGAAAGGAUCCAGAAGUCGGAGAUGAAAAUUCUUGUAACCGCAUCCAUGAAGCCAUUUAGUUUUUUGGUCAUAUCAUAUCAAUGUAUCAGAUUUCUGGUUGGGUAUGGACUUUAAGGUUGAGGAUAGAAAAAUACACCACUGAAACACUGUGCAAUAAGUCAUGCUAUUAUCAAUUGGAUAAUUUAUUGUUGCUAUUUUUUUAUUUUUAUUUAAACAAAAUAAAUGAACAUUAACAGCAUUCUGGCCUGUUCUCCAUGUCUUAUUUUCCAUGUUUUAAAAUGGCUAUUUCAACAGAAAUAUAUUGGCACUAUGAAAAAGCAUAGCUUCCAAUCAGCAAUUUAUAGAAAAUAAUUAAAAUAAGAACGGAGGCAAUAGUCCAAGUUCCGAACCAAAACAAAUCCUGGAAUUUGAGCUAUAUGUUUGUUCACCCAUAAUUAUCCUCUUUUUCAUAGUAAGUGCCC